AUGAAGUUCUCCGGAGUUGUCCUGACCAGUCUCAUCGGCUGCGUCGCUGCCCUACCUCCCGCGCCCUUCUUCAGCGGCCCUCCUCCUGCGCCCUCUGGCUCGGUUAUCCCUGACUUUUCCUUCCCACCUUCAUCCAGCUCGGUCAGUGGUGCUGCCCCAUCUGUAGCCCCCGAAGGCUAUCAGAAGCGUCAAUUUGGAACACCACCGCAGUCCGCCCCCGCCCCUCCUCCCUCUGGCUCUCUUGGUCCCGCUCCCUCCGAUGGCCCUGAAGGAUUCGGCAGACGUCAGCUCGGAGGCUCUUUCAGCUCUGCCCCCGCCCCUACUCCCUCUGCCGUCCCCGAGGGCUUCCCAGAACAUCAGUUUGAAGGACCUGCCGAGUCCGCCCCGGCUGGUGCUUCCUCCGGCACCCCUAUUCCCGUGCCGUCUGACGGCCCCAACGGCUUCCCCAGACGCCAGCUCGGAGGUCCAUCCGAGUCUGCGCCCGCGGCAGCUCCCUCUGGUGCACCAGGCCCUGCACCCUCCGGUGGACCCGAAAGCUUCCCCAAACGCCAGGUCGGAUCUCCUGCAGAGGGACCCGAGCAGGGACAGCAAGGCCAGGCACCUCCUGCUCCCAGCGGCCUUCCUUCGGGCUUCCCGUCCGCGGCACCAUCGGGCACUUUCGAACAGCGCCCAGUUCGGGGAAUUCCCGGCUCCUUCUCCUACCCCUAG